AUGUACUACAUUCAAUACCUUGCGAGUCUUUGCCGCCGUCGCCGCUGGCCAGAACCCUUUUACGAAUUAUAUCACUGUCCCACUGGAUAUGGCUGCCUUGUUCGCGUUAAUCAUCGCGAAUACCAAACGGAUGUCUAUUGUGAAACGGAAACCCUAGCGCGAGAGAAUGCGGCUAUGCGCGCCUAUUUGAUCUGUCGGAAUUUCUCUGUAAAUGACGGGAUGUAUCCCGCAGGCCACGACCACGGAGGCAUUGUGCAGGGUAUUCCCGUUGCUAUUGGCACAGGCCGACGGAGCCGCUUCGGCGACGACAUGGAUGCGUCAGCCAGUGGUGGAAGUCGAAGUGGAGGCAGCAGCCCAGAAAGCUACGACGGAGGCCGAUUGGGCCGUUACCACCAACCUGCCAGACUAACGAGAACACUUGCAUAUGAUCCCCGAAGCCUCUGA